AUGGAGUCCUUUUCUGGUUCUGACAAUAUAAGAGCAGCGGCAAAGGCCUUGAAUCUCAAGCAACGUGAGUUAGAAAAUCAGCAUGAGGAAUUGCGUGCCCUUCUGCUUGCCCAAGGUAUUUCUCCUGAUAGUGCAGGCUGUGUGAUGGAAGCGGUGACAAGGUCUUCUCAAAAGGCUUCUUCCGUUCUUUUCUAG